AUGAUCGCAUUCGUCUUAUUAACAAGGUCAACACAGAUGUCGCGGAUUGGCUUCAGGAAAGACGACGAGUGGAGGAAGCAUAUGCUCAGGGUUUGCGGAAACUGGCGAGUCGGCCACAGCUGGAAAAUGGUGCUGCGCUCGGGUAGGCCGGAACGUCGCUGGAACAUGUGUCUAUCGAUGAUGCUGAUGGUGUUUGCGGAAAACAGGAUAUUUCAGUUGCCUUGGCAGCGCAUUGUCAACUCGACUGAAGCGGUCGCUGCGUCGCACGAAACGCUCGCGCAGAAGAUCGAUGAGGAUGUUGAGCGUCCACUGAGAGAUUAUAGCAACAAAAAUCGAGAUUUGGCAUCGAUGCCCGUCGUCCAAAGCGAUUUAGCAGGAUUGGCGAAGAAUAUGGAAACAGCCCAGAAGAAGGUGGAGAAAGCCAAGGAAAAGGGCCCGAAAGGGGCAGAUAAAUUGGCCAGUGCGAUUCAUGCGGCUGAAGAGGUCACCCAGCAAUGGCAGUCGAGGGCUCCGUUUGUGUUCGAACAGUUGCAGGCUGUCGAUGAGGGUCGGCUGAAUCAUCUCCGGGAUGUUCUCACCCAGCUCGGAACGCACGAGGCGGAUCAGGUCGAGCGUUGUCGCGAGGUGGCUGAGAGUUGUCUGAACGCCCUUCUCAACGUCGAGACUGCCGACGAGAUCAAGACUUUUGCGGCAAAGGUCAAUGGAGGAAGGCCUGUGGUUGCCAGAAGGCAGGAAUUAUCGCCUAGCGUUACGCCAACGCCCGCUGCAGCCCCGCCGCCUGUUCAUGAUGAUGGUGCCAGUCAGCACUCGGAGACAACGGCUCCUACGCCUAAAGUUGCACCUCCAGUACCCGAACCCCGGCACCCUCUAGGCGGUUUGAAGCGACUCGGUACUGUCAUGAACAGCAGAAGGAAGAGUAUUGCACAACCCGUAGGCGGCUCCUUCUUUUCAGACAAGAAGAACCGCAGUCCGUUUGCCUCGUUCAAGCGUGGAGACUCGCGUGAUAUGCAGAUACCCGAGUCACCGCCUCCUGGUGCAGACCGCCCGGGCACUGGUCAGGAUAGCUUCGGUGAACCUGCGCGUGAGUCCCAGGACCGUGAAGUCCUCGGAGUAGUGACACCACCUAGUACAGAGCCUCAGCCCAGCGUCAACGCCACGAAUGGUGCAGCAUACCCAGAGACGCAAGUUGCGCCAUCUGCGGGUGCAGGAAUUUCCACCCAUGAGACACGUGUGGACUCGGAAGGCUUCACGGAACGACCGCAGAGUAUUGAUGAGAUCACGAGAGCUCAGAGAGAAGCAGCCAGUCUGGAAGAGCAAGGCAUGAACCUAACGAUUCGAGACCAGCCGAUCUUCGAAGAUGAACGUCAGGCAAAACAGGCAAUGGAUGAUAUGGCCAAUACUCUUAGGAUGCGUGCUCAGCAUUCAGGUGUCAGGCGUAAUGCAGGUACCAUCCGUGGUCGUCGCGACGUCCGGAACACAGUUUUCGUUCCAAACUCGCCGGUACCGGGCCAGGAACCCUCCCUUCCCGCGGGUUUCAAUGCCCCUAUUCCAACAUCUCCGACAUUGUCGGCGAGGCACAUGACCUCCCCUAGUAAUGCCACAGAGGACCAUGCCAUGUCCGACACCACCUCUAUUCGUUCAGGCCACACCCAUCACAGCGUGACUGGAUCACCAGUUCAUCAGGACUUGCACGAGCCUGGUCUUAAUGCAUCCAUCAUCGAGACUGUCAGCGCAUGGUUCUCUGAGGGCGCAGUGAUUAAGUCCUCCGUUGUUGGAGAGCUCGCCUUAGCUUACAACCAGCAACCUGAAGCUUCCUUGAACAGCGUCCGGGUUCGCCUGAAUAACUUCCAGGUAUUGGAGAAGGUUGCAGCGAAUCCUCAUUUCGUUACUGAACAAAGGGACACAGUACAGACGGAGGAGAAGCGGGGUGAAUACAACAUCACUCUUCCGAGCAUUUCUCGUCCCUCGCCAACGGUGGCUUUCAAGUACCAGAUCCAUAUCGACCCAUCGAACUCCUCCGCAUACUGCCCUAUUAUCUUCAAGCCCGCCUGGAACAUUGAGGAGUUCCAAGCAAGCGUGAUCCUAUUUUAUUCUGUGAACCCAGCUUUUACCUCCUCCACGCCCGUGGAUUCGGUCAUUGUCAAGAACCUCAUUCUAACGGUGAACCUCGACACAACCCCCGAUGAGACCCGUGAAGUCGCCCACGCUACAAACGCCGUCAUGUAUCCCAACCAAGGGGCCACGUUCCGUCGCAAGCAAUCCGCGGUUACCUGGAAGAUCCCAGAACUGGAAGUCAAACCUGGAGCGGACGGUAAAUUCUUGGUUCGGUUCACCACGUCCAGCAGUUGGCCUAAGCAGGGUAAAGUCGAGGCCAAGUUCGACGUCCGCACGGCUGGAGCUGGUGGGAGACUGGGUAUCAGCUCUCUUUCGGACAACGUGGAAGCCAAGGAGGCUGAUCCUUUUGCUGACGAAGACGCGGAACCCCAGCCCUCUGUUACUUGGAAGGAGGUCCCUACAGCUCGCAAGCUAGUGGCAGGGAAGUAUGUGUCGUCAUGA